UCUCCUUUUCCAUCUAAAGAGCGGGAGCCGUGCAAAUUUCUCCCGAGGCGGUGCGGAACCGUCUCUCCUUCCCGCGGGGAAGCUGCCUUCCACCCCCAGCGCGCAACUCUUGCAGCCGCCGAGGCUGCCCUGCUGCUGCUGCUGCCGCCGCCCCCGCGUUCUGGCCUCGCAGUUUGCCGAAGGCCGGAAGUGACGUCGGGGCCUGGCGAAUGAGCACACCUUGAGUCACCUGGGGAAAGGAGACGGCGCCGCCAGAUGGGAGGGCGCUCAGUCCGCGAAGGGAGGCCGUGCAGUUCAGGUGUGUCUCGCGCGGGGGGGCGAGUCGUCCGGCUGUCACACUGGGGGAAGAAUCCGGGGGCCGCAUGGAGAAGGAGGGCCGCUCGGCGUGGCCCAUGGGGCUGCUGAAAACCUUCGACGCCAGCGAGUUCGGCAGCUGGGAGAAGAUCGGCUCGGGAGGCUUCGGGCAGGUUUACAAAGUCCGCCACGUCCACUGGAAGACCUGGCUCGCCAUCAAGUGCUCGCCCAGCCCGCAUGUGGAUGAGAAGGAGCGUAUGGAACUGUUGGAAGAAGCCAAGAAGAUGGAAAUGGCAAAAUUUCGCUACAUCCUUCCUGUCUAUGGCAUCUGUAAAGAGCCUGUGGGCUUGGUCAUGGAGUACAUGGAGACAGGAUCACUGGAGAAGCUCCUGGCUGCAGAACCGCUGCCCUGGGACCUGCGCUUCCGAAUCAUCCAUGAAACAGCUGUGGGCAUGAACUUCCUCCAUUGCAUGUCCCCACCUCUGCUUCACCUGGAUCUUAAACCAGCAAACAUACUGCUUGAUGGCCAUUAUCAUGUCAAGAUUUCAGACUUUGGAUUAGCCAAGUGCAAUGGCCUUUCACAUUCUCAUGAUCUCAGCAUGGAUGGGCUUUGUGGCACUAUAGCAUACCUGCCCCCAGAACGCAUUAAAGAGAAGACCCGGUACUUUGAUACUAAACAUGAUGUCUACAGCUUUUCCAUUGUUAUCUGGGGUGUUCUGACACAGAAAAAGCCCUUUUCAGAAGAGAAUAAUAUUCUACAUAUUAUGGUGAAAGUAGUGAAUGGCCACCGCCCAGAGUUGCCAGCUGUCUCCAGAUCCAGACCUCAUGCGUGUAACAGCUUGAUCAAACUGAUGCAAAAGUGCUGGCAAGAUGAUCCUAGCAAAGGCCAACAUUUCAAGGAAAAUACUUCCGAAACAGAAGAACUUUGUGAAAAGCCAGAGACUGAAAACAAGGAAUUGAUAGUUCAGGAGGACACCAAGGAUACUCGGACUUACCCCAAGUAUCUGCCUGGACUAUCCAGCUAAAGCAAGGGUCUGAACCUUCCUCAUCUAAGGAUUUACAGCCUUUCAGAGUUGUUGUCCCAGCUUGACUCGGAUUCACAAACAGAAGAGCCUGAAGAACUCAGCCGUAGCGCUUCUGAAUCUAGGCUUGCUUCCAGCGACAAGAGGCUUUCAGGAGUGUCCUCAGUAGACUCUGCCUUUUCUUCACGCGGUUCCCUAUCACUGUCGUUUGAGAGAGAGAAUUCCGAAAGUGAUCUUGGUUCCACGGACAUCCAGAAAAGAAAGCUGGCCGAGGCGAUUGCAUCUGGAGACACCGGCAAACUGAUGAAGAUCCUCCAGCCACAGGACGUUGACCUGGUUUUGGAUGGGAACUAUAGCCUCCUGCAUUUGGCUGUUGAGUCGGGCCAAGAAGAGUGUGUCAAGUGGCUCCUCCUUUACAAUGCCAACCCCAACCUGACCAACAAGAGAGGCUCCACACCCCUCCACAUGGCCAUAGAGAAGAAGAAUAAAAGCAUUGUGGAGCUGCUCCUGGCGAGGAAAAUCAACGUGAACGCUAAGGAUGAGGACCAGUGGACAGCACUUCACUUUGCUGCGCUGAACGGGGAUGAGCUGAGCACCAGGCUUCUUCUGGAGAAGAACGCCUCGCUGAACGAAGUAGACUUUGAAGGAAGAGCUCCCAUCCAUGUCGCCUGCCAGUAUGGCCAAGAGAACAUUGUGCGCAUCUUCCUGAGGAGAGGGGUUAAUGCAGAUAUCAAAGGGAAGGAAGGCUGGGUGCCUUUGCAUUAUGCUGCCUGGCAAGGUCACCUGUCCAUCGUGAAGCUUCUUGCCAAGCAGUCCGGGGUGAAUGUGAAUGCACAGACAGUGGAUGGGAGAACCCCUUUGCACCUGGCAGCCCAGAGAGGGCAUUACAGAGUAGCUCGUACACUUGUGGACCUGAAGUCGGAUGUCAACAUCAGAAACGCCUCACUCCACACUGCUCUCCAUGUUGCUGCUGAAACUGGCCACACAGGCACUUCAAGGAUGCUCUCAACCGGGGCGCAGACGUUAGAAGCGACAACGGCCGAAGGCUGCACUGCACUCCACCUGGCAGCCUGUGCGUGCCUGAUAGCUGCCAAGUAA